AUGGCACAGAAACAAGAGACAGAAACGCCGGCGGAAUUCGAAGAAGUGUUAAAUCGUGAAGUGGGACAAUUUGGCAGAUUUCAACUGAUAAAUUUACUAUUGCUUGCGUUACCGGCGAUUUCUUCCGGUUUCCUCGCUGGUGAUUACAAUUUCACCGCAGCCAGGCUGCCGCUUCGGUGUGCUAUACCAGAGUGUGAUGGCGAAUCUCCUGUAUACGAUCCCGACUGGAUACUCAAUGCAGUGCCGAAGACUGAUACCGGUUUUGCGGACUGCACAAGAUUUGCGCCGAUAAAUUCAUCGCUUAUCUACAACGACACAUGUCCUGCUCAGAUAUUUGAUAAGAAGAAAAUUGUGAACUGUGACGGAUUCGUCUAUGGAAGAACUAAUUCUGUUGUAUACGAUUUUGGCAUCGAAUGCCAAGAGUGGAUUCGUACCUUAUCAAUCACAUUGAACAGUGUUGGAGCCAUGGUUGCUCUUCCUUUAGCAGGUUUCGUAUCUGACUAUUUCGGCCGUCGCAUAUCCAUAGUUUUCUUUGCGUUUAACAUAGUAGUCAUAGGUAUUAUAAAGGCAUUUUCUGUGAAUUACGUUAUGUACCUCGUUACACAGUUUGCGCACACAGCGUUCGGUGGUGGAAUUUUCAGUGCGGCGUAUAUCUUGGCUGCAGAAAUUGUUGGGCCUAAAUUUCGUGUACCUGCUGGUUGCAUGAUGUCUUCAGUGUUUACUUUAGGCUUAGCGUUGGUUGGCGCUAUCGCAUCGCUUGUAGAGAACUGGCGUAAUCUAACAUUGACAUACUUUGUACCAGUAUCAGUAGUAUUCUCAUAUUAUUGGAUCGUUUGUGAGAGUCACCGAUGGCUAUUAAGCAAAGAUAAGACUGAGGAAGCACAGGUUGCGCUGGAGCGUGCAGCACGGUUAAAUGGGCGUAAGAUAAAUGACGAAUCGAUGAAGUUUUUACUAACCGCGAUACCUCGUAAUAACAACAAUACAGAAAACGAAAAUCUCAUAUUUCGCGUUAUAAAAUCCCCGGUCAUGCUUAAAAGAUGUUGUACGACACCAAUUUACUGGAUCGCGACAACAUUUAUCUACUACGGAUUGACGAUUAACUCUGUCAGUUUGUCUGGUAAUAUGUAUUUGAAUUACGUGUUAGUAACUUUGGUAGAGAUACCAGGCUUUUGGACGGCAUAUCUGGUGUUAGACAAAUUCGGUCGUAAAGUGACAUUGUUGAUAGGAUAUAUGCUGUGUGCAGUGUGUUGUUUCGCAUUUGCCUUCACGCCUAAGUCGUAUUAUGUUUUAUCAUUAAGUUUAUAUCUAUUAGGUAAAUACUGUACAGGCCUUGUGAUGACAUCCCUUUAUUUGUUCACAUCAGAAUUGUAUCCGACUAGACAUAGGCAUUCGUUCCUUGGUUUUUCUUCGAUGUUAGGCCGUAUUGGAACUGUUAUUGCGUCCUUUACACCGCCUUUGAUGGACUACUGGUCGGGAAUACCGUCGGUGAUGUUUGGUGUGAUGAGUACAUUGGCAGGUGUUUUGGUACUAACGCAACCAGAAACGUUUGGUAAAAGAGUUCCUGAUACAUUCGAGGAUGCCGAGCUGCUUGGAAAGAUGUGA